AUGUUUUCUCUACUUCUCUCGCUGUUUCUGUCACUGUCCUUCUCACCACUUGCCUGUGAGGCAUGCAAUCCAGUGGACAGAGAAUCAUUACUGGGAUUCAAGCGUGGGAUCACAGCCGACCCCUCACGACUGUUACAAUCAUGGAUACCUUCAUCUGAUUGCUGUACGUCAUGGAAAGGGGUCGCUUGCAAUGCCAGGGGGAGGGUGGUCAACGUCACGCAUCCGGGCCUCGUUUCGGACGGUGACGACUUACUGGAUACAUUCAUGAAUGGCACUUUGUCUCCCUCCCUUGGGAACCUGUCUUUUCUUCGAGUACUUGAUCUUGGCAAUCUGAAGAACUUGAAUGGACCGAUACCGUCGGAGUUCGGCAAGUUAAGGCGUCUUACUCUUCUUUUUCUUGAUUCGAACCAGCUUACGGGGUCGAUACCAGUGACAUUCAAGAGCUUACCAAGACUGGAAAAGAUUUAUCUCAGCAACAAUCGUUUCUCUGGUAUUACACCUCUCUCUGUUAUUGGAUCCUUAACAAAACUCACCGAACUUGGUCUUUCAGGAAACCAAUUGAGUGGAUCAAUUCCGGCUACAAUAGGGAAGUUGGUUUUGCUCACAAAACUUGAUCUUCAUGCUAACAAUAUUUCUGGUAAUUUGCCUACGACUAUAGGCAAUCUUAAGAGCCUCAAAUAUCUUGACUUAUCCGAAAACCAUAUAACAGGCAGCAUUCCUAAAUCCAUAGGAGGACUUCAAGCAUUAGUACUCCUAUAUCUGAAUCAAAACCAGAUUACAGGAAGCAUCCCUUCGUCGUUUUCCGGGCUCAUCGCUCUUCAGUUUUGCCGCAUAUCAGAAAACAGGUUGACAGGAACUAUACCAUCAUCCAUUGGUGGGCUCCCAAAGAUUCAGAGGCUAAUCCUUGAGAACAACAGGCUUACAGGGAAACUACCAGCUUCGAUUGGCAAUCUUGUCACUCUUACUGAAAUAUACUUAUCGAACAACCAUUUAACCGACAAGAUUCCGUCGAGUUUUGGCAAUUUAAGAAACCUUCAAACGCUAGAUUUGUCAAGAAACAAACUCUGUGGUGAACUUCCAAUUCAGCUGAUCAAGUUGCAGAACUUGCAGACGCUGGAUCUGUCGUUUAAUCCUCUAGGAAUCGAUAGCAUACCGAAAUGGUUUGCUAAAUUGAAACUUUUUCGGCUUGUAUUAGCGAAAACCGGGAUUAAAGGGACUCUUCCGAGAUGGUUAUCUUCUACAUUGAUUUCCACUCUAGAUUUAUCAAGCAAUGCUUUGACAGGGAAACUACAGCCAUGGAUUGGGAACAUGAGCUACCUUUCUUUUCUCAAUUUAUCGAACAAUGGUCUUCACUCAUCACUCCCUGCCGAAUUAAAGAAUCUUAGGCGCCUAAUGGAUCUUGAUCUUCAUUCAAACAAGCUGUCUGGUAACCUGGAUACAAUUUUCUCCAAAGAAACAGAUGAUCCUAUAGGUCAUUUUAAUUCUAUUGAUCUAUCCCACAAUUUGUUCAUUGGUCCUAUUAAUGAUUCCGCCCUACAGAGCCCUGCAAUGGAUUCUGUAACAUCACUUGUUCUGUCACAUAAUCAACUUAAUGGAUCAAUACCAAAAUCCUUGGGGAAAUUGAGUCAGCUGCAAAUCUUGAAGCUAGUAAAUAAUGGACUUUCAGGGAAGAUACCGGUGGAGCUCGGUGAUGCUGCGGAAUUGACCACAAUUUUUCUCUCUAGGAACAUGCUCAUCGGUUCUAUCCCAGUGAAGGUGAUCAAUUUGAAUGAGCUCAGGGAAUUCAAUGUAUCGUAUAACCGAUUAAGAGGCGACAUUCCUCCCCAUAAAGCCAUAAUCGCUGCAUCUGCAUUUAGAGGUAAUCCAGGCUUGUGUGGUACUCCUCUUCCACCUUGUAGACAUUCAUAG